GUGUCUCUCUGUGAAGACCAGCAUAUAUUAAGACAUUGUUUCAGAUGAUGGACAAUUCUCAGACUCUAUGAGGUUAAAUCACCAUUAUUUGCUCGGGGAUGCAACAGUACCUUACUUCUAAUACUUCUGAAAGUAUACUCCUAAUACUUCCAAUCUACAACCCAGUCUAUGGUUGUUUUAAAUGACAACCAGAAAAUACAGUUAAAUACAGUUUUUAGCUAAGAUGUUCACGCUUUGAUAACAUCGGUACAAUUCGCAGGGCCAUGAGACUUUUUUGCAUUUAGUUGCGGACUUUAGCAUCAUGAAUGUAUCACAAUGUCUGAUAGUGCUUCAAGACUGGCUCCUCUCUUAUCAACCCAUGAUAUCAAACUUGCUUGCACUCAAUGCUCUGUCAAGGAGAAGGAAGUGACUUAUACAAUAAAAUCAGUCCAGCACCGGUGUGCAUGCGAUAUUUUGCUCUGCAAAGCCAAAGGUAGAAGCAAAUGGAGACCUGUUUCCAGACGGCCCACAUAUCCAAACCCAAGUCGAUAUUUGUUAUGUUACCACUUUGUAGAGAAUUAUGGUUGCACAGUCCACCAACGGUGCACCUUUGCCAGAAGUGAGGAGGAAGCUGUAGUCUGGACCUUUGAAAAACAUCACAGAUUAGACCAUACGCUUUUUUGUAGUCUGGUAGCUCAGUCAAAAACAACAUCUGAUAAGCCUAAUGACUCUAAACCUCCUGGUGACCUUUUGUUACAACUAGAUCUGGAGACUGUCUGUGACCUAUGCUCUGUCGAGGACAACGAAAUAACAUACUCUGUUAAGUCACUGUAUCAUGAGUGCAGUAGCAAUCUGCUUUUAGCAAAAACUAAAACCUCUGACCAAUGGAGGCCUGUGUCUGAACGGCCUACAAAAGGCUUUUUUGGUCAAUAUGUCCUUUACAAAGUGUGUAACUUCUUUGUUGAAGGCUCUGGGUGUACACUGCAUGGAAACCAAUGCACGUAUGCCAGAAGCCAUGAGGAGGCCACUGUAUGGAAUUACAUGAGAGACAACAAAAUAGAUUGUGACGAGUUAAUUAGACUUGUAAAUGAAGCCAAGAGUCUUUCAUCCACCCCACAAAGUGAAGCUGAAUACCUACUACAGCAGUUCUCAGGUAGAUUUGUUGAGAUCUGUAAAGACUGCUUUCACUGUCGUCCACAGAAAUUAUCAACCAAAAGGUGGAGUGCUACUUGCACAGCAGAUGAAGCACACAACUGGGACCCAGUCUUAGUUUAUCACCAUUCAGGGAAUAUCUACAGCCAGAUACGGCCUCUCCCUAAUGACUAUCAGUUUAAAUACUGCAGUCAUGUGACUCCCGAAAAGCCCUGCAGGCAUGAGGUGGGUCACUGCAAGUCUGCUCAGAGUGAGGUGGAGAUGGCAGUUUGGAAGGCAGAGCAUGACGGGUUUUUAGUUCGGCCUCAUCUACUUGAGUUGACCCAGCCAGAACAGACAGAACUACGACAGGUCACCAUGUACUGCAAAAUCUGCCGCCUGGCCCUGUCCACCCCAGAGAGCUUCUACAAGCACUGCUCUUCUCUGGAACAUGCACGGUUGCUCUCUGAGGACACCACCACCAAGUGGAGAAGACGACCGCCUCCACAUAACCGGCGAGCGGAGUUUUGGCUGUGUGAGAGACCGCAAGCUUGUCGGUUUGGUAUCGGUUGUCAAAAAGCGCAUUCUGUGGAAGAACUGCAGGAGUGGAUGAUGCGCGCUCCAGAGGAGAAAGAUAUCAAGCUCAACACUGAAGACCAGAGUACCAUGUCCUAUAAUGAAAAGCUCUUAGAGGAAUACAGGAACAGCAGCAAUGAAGUGUACAUUAUGUCUGAAGAAGUUGACGAUGUCAUCAUCUCCUGUGAUGAAGAUUUAACUGUGGCAUGUGAACAGAGCAAUGCAACACUGAAAUGGCACUUUCAGGUGGAAACAGAGAGACAACUUGUGCAUGUGGCACUGCUGAAACAAGAACCAGGAGCCUUGUUUACCCUUGGUGACAUCAGUUCUGAAGCCUGCGUCUAUUCCUCAGGCAAAUGCUUUUUCAAUGGAGACAUUAUGUACGACAUCACCGUGUCUUUCUCAUCCAUUAAUCCAGGCUUUUAUGAACAGUGGCUUGUGCUAGAUUUUGAUAUGAGACCAGUACUUUUGAAGAAACUCAGAAUAAGAUUGGGCCAGCUGGUACUGGAUGACAGUGAACAAACAACUGUGAACCAUGAAGCCAUCACUCAAAGAGUUGAGCGCUGGCAUCGUGGGAAUAGGGUUUUUAUCCCAUGUUCAUCCAGGACAGAGGAACAAGAGGAGCUGUUAAAGCAGUACAAGCCACCACAAAUGAACUUUGCAUACAAAUACUCGCCCAACAACUCAACACCUCUGACCAAGGAGAACUACAAAGAGAGAAUGCACCAGUUCCUUUACAAUGAGGAACAUGCGGAGGACCAGGUUCUCUCAAGGCUUAAUGUUUGUGGAGAGAUCACAACACUGGAUACACUGAACACUAGACAAUUUGGCAUGAUGGAAGCUCCUCCAGGGGAGCUAUUCUGUGUUUUCUCAGUUCCUUGUAAUCUGACACAAGACACCCCAGAGGGACUGGUACUAAGACGAAGCAUCCAGUCUGGCCUGAUAGCCCCACUGACUGCAAGUGGUCAAAACAAGGUUUAUGAGGCCAUCUUUCUACGUGACCAAACAACCGAGAACAAACUGUAUUUACAACUGUCUAAAAGAUGCUGCGCAGAUCUAGCACUCAAAAGCAAUGAAGUGUAUAAAAUGGAGGUGCAAUUUCAGUUGAACCGCCACCACUUCUGUACUAUGCACAAGGCUAUAGACCGCCUUCCUGAUACAAAAAGAGUGUUACCAGACUUAAAGAGCUGUGCAGUUCCUGUGAACAACAUCCAGUUUGAGAACCUCAACACAAAGCAGCAAUCAGCAAUUGACUUCAUCACAGGAAAUUCAAAUGUCCAAAACUUUGUGGCACCACUUCUAGUUUAUGGACCAUUUGGAACUGGGAAAACAUUCACACUUGCUACUGCAGCCAGAGAGCUUUCCAAGCGGCCUCACAACAAAGUGCUAAUUUGCACCCACACCAACAGUUCUGCAGAUCUGUACAUCAGAGAUCACCUCCAUCCAUUCAUUGAUGAGAAAAAUGAUUGGAUCAAGCCAAUUCAAAUAAAAACAAACAAAAAUGUGAAGGCUUUUUUGGCCACAGACAAGAUUACUUUGAAAUACUGUUUGCUCUCAGAAGAUGGACAGUCUUUUCUACCACCUACAAAAGCUGCCCUUGAUGGGCACAACAUAGUCAUAACCACCACCUCAAUGGCAAAACGUUUUCAUGACCUGAAGCUCUCAGAGGGAUAUUUUACCCAUAUUUUUAUUGAUGAAGCCUCUCAAAUGCUGGAGUGUGAAGCCUUGAUUGCCCUCGGUCUUGCUGGGCCAAACACUAGAGUUGUUUUAGCUGGUGAUCACAUGCAAAUGGCGCCCAAGCUUUUCUCAGUGGAUGACCAUCACCGUUCAAAUCAUACACUUCUUUACCGCUUGUUCCACUAUUACCAAGGCCAAAAGUGUGAUGCUGCUCAGAAAAGUAGAAUCAUUUUCAGUGAGAACUAUCGCUCAACCAAAGAAAUAGUGGAGUUUGUAUCCAACCAUUUCUAUGUUGGCAAAAAUGAUGUUAUCAAAGCUACUGGAAAUGUUCCAGCCCCUGCAGAUGGCCAUGCUCUAAGGUUUCACCAUGUAAGGGGAGAGUGUCUCUUGGACACUGCAUCCAUGACGUGGUACAACAUCGAAGAGGUUGUCAAAGUGACUGAAGCAGUGAUAGACAUUUUCAAACACUGGCCAUCAACCUGGGGAUGCAAGGAACAAAGUUCAAUCUGCGUUGUAUCAGAGGGGAUCCAGGUCCGGAAAAUUAGGAGAGCACUAUCAGAAAGGGGCCUCGGCAGAGUCCAUGUUGAGAAUCUACCAAACGUGCAAGGCAAACAGUUCAGGGCAAUCGUAAUGACAGCUGUGCAAACACGUGACAGUCUGCAAACAUCUCACCUGCCUGGUCUUGAGCUGUUCAAUGAUGCUCAUGUGUUAAACACUGCCAUGACUAGGGCUCAAUCCCAGGUAGUUGUGGUUGGGGAUGCUGCUGCCCUCUGCUGCUUUGGCAAAUGCUCUGCAGUUUGGAGGAGCUACUUACACCAUUGCAUUGACAAAAAGAGUGUCACACCACAGCAUUUCACAAAGGAUUUCUUUGAAGAAGAUGUAAAGGAAACUGUAAGGUUUCAAAGGUGUGAACCCGAGGAAGAGAGCAAUACUUUCAGUGAUGCAAUUCUUCAAGAGUUGAAAGAUGAGUAUGAACAGCUGGCAACACAGUAUAGUUCUGAAGAUGACAGUCUGGAUUUUGAAGACUUCAAUCACUAUGAUUCAAGAUCAACAAACAACAAAAUUCACACUGUCCAAUCAGAGUUAUAUGUAAAACCAAUGGGGAUGUACGAGCAAGAAAGGUCACAUAACAGAUGCUUUGGCAAACAACUUGAUUACCCCACCAGUACAAGCACCAGAGGAUGGGAAAACAAGAAACCUGAAGCACCCCUCGUGUGCCUGUUUGAAGAUGUGGAUCACUGCAAACAACCAUUGUCUGAUGACAAACAUAUCAAAAGGAUGAUGAUUCCUAUUUCAAGAUCCCAUCCCAAAAUACGCAUACUGAUCAGCAAGAGAACACGUAACCUCCUUCCUGUGUGGGAGCAAAUACAUGGAGAUUGGACGAUCAUAGGGUAUGAACGUUUUGAUGAAAAACUGAGACAGAACAAUGUAUUUAUGGUGCAGGUGAUUAAAAGGAGAGAAGAUUGUACAUUUCCAUUGGGAAACAUUGUCGAAAUUCUUCCAGUUGGAAGCUCAUUGGAAGCCGGACUAACAAUUUUGAAUGCAGAAUUUAAAGUUGCAUCUAAACUGAGAAAAUCAUAUGAGGGCUUCUCAAGGAUAGAUGAAGAUGAGGCACUUAGAGUGAACAUGACUGAGGUAACAACAUUCACUGUCGAUGAAGAAACAGCUCAACUCUUGGAUGAUGCCAUCAGUGUCAGGGACACUGGAGACCAAUUUGAGUUGGGAGUCCACAUUGCAGAUGUGGCAAGCUUUGUGAGACCAGGUGGUAAAAUAGAUCAGGAUGCAAAACAUCAAGGGGCUACAUAUUACCACAGAAAUGAGUAUGAGGCCACUCAUAUGAUUCAUAAAGGUCUGUGCACUGAAUACUUCAGUCUUCAGCAAGAUAAAGACCGCAGAGUGGUGUCACUGAUUUUCAAAAUGGACAAGAAAACAAAUGAGAUCACUGAAAAACCAAAACUCCAGUUGUCACAAAUCAGCUCUAAUAAAAAGCUGUCUUAUGAAGAUGCAGAGAAAAUGAUCAACGAAAAUUAUGGAAGAAGGCCUAAUUUUGACACGAGACAAGUAGAAGACUGUGUUACAGUAGCUUAUUGUUUUGCAAAAGCUCAAAGAAAGACCAGACUUGUGGAUUGGGCUUAUUGUGAACCUAAGAAAAAUAGAUUGCCUGGAAAUCGCAAAGCACAUCUGAUGAUUGAAGAGCUGAAUGUGUUAUUCAACACAACAGCAUCUGAAAUAUUGAUUGGAAGAAAAACAACGAGCGAUUGCACACCCCUUCGCUGUCAAGAUGGACCAAGUUCUGAAAAGAUUACAGAAUUCAAGAAUACAUGGAAUGAAGUCAUACCUCUGUCUUUUCAUUUGCGGCAUAGAGUUGAACAUGAUACUCAAGCCUCCAAAUUUGAGAACUUCUGCAUACUCACACAAGUGUGGACAGAUAUCCAGUCAGCUGCCAGAACAAAUGAUAUCGACAAAAUGGUGGAUCUGGUUGCCGCAGACGAUAUCCACCCACUCUUCCAACCAGUUCUUGAUGAGUUCAGGAGAUGCUGUAAUAAGGCUUAUUUCAUCUGCUCCAACCCCUCUGUUAAGGCAGAUAUUUUGCAUUAUUCUCUGAAUGUACCGUCUUACACACAAGCAUCAGCACCGAUUCGGCGGUACGCGGACAUUGUCUUACAGAGACUUUUGCACAGUGUCAUUAGAAAUGGGGAUCCACAGUACACUCAAGCAGAGAGCACAACUUUGUGUGAUCAAAUGAAUCACAAGCUCAAAAAAGUCAAAGCGUAUGAUCAGAAGGCAGAGCAGCUCAAAUAUGCAGUGAGCAUAACCAAACAAAGUGUUUUGAAGACAGCAGUUGUUGUUAGUGCAGAUCCCAACACAGGUAGUUUUGCAGUGUCAUUCCCUUGCAACAAGGACAUCUUCCCAGACUGUUUAUUCAUCAUGUACAAAGAUUUGCAAUUGGACGACCAACCGUUUUUCAAUGAAACACAUCCCUCCAUCAUUCUGAAAUGGAAAAGGCGGAUCUAUACUGCAGACGCCAUGCAAACUCAGCAAGACUUUCAAAUGCUGCCAAACUGUGGUCCUUGUGUUGAGCUUCCACUUUCAGUAUGGAAAGCCACUGUUGAAGCAAUCGAUGAAGAAAACUGGGAUCAUGCAAUGUCUCUCAUAACAAAUGCUAAUGCCAAGCAACUGUCACAGUCAUCAGGUGAGACUGACACAUGUACCUCUAAGGACGGCAAAGAUGACAACAAGCAUUACGUUCACUUCAACCUCCAUUUGCAGCCAGGGGACACAUUUCAGAUCCAAAUGACAUCAGAAAUCAAAAGAGCUUACCAAAUGCCUACUGUUCAGUUGGUGCACAUUAAACCAAAUUUUGAGAUUUGUGUGGACCAUGUCCACAACCCAGUGAAAUGCUUCUAUAGAUCUGCAGAUAGUCCUGCAAAGCUUGAGUAUGUUGACACAAAUAAAUAUAUAGACAUCUGGAAACCACUGUGUGAGAUGGAAUCUGCCACCACUGCAGUGGGUGAAAGUGACAGCAUUGUCAUUGAGAACCUUGUGGUAAACUUCAGGCAAGAGCAGGGAGGCCGACUCACAGGAAGCUUUGUCUUACCUCAGGAAUGGAUCGAUGAAUGGGCCAUUGAAUGCGACCUUUCAAAGUGCUUAUUGUGCAUAAGAAAAAGAGGGCUGCCAGCCUCAACUUUGGAACAUUACUCAGUAAUGGAUCCCAGAGAGUUCACAUGGAUAGCCCAUUGUGUCACCAGCAAAGUAAAGAAGCAGAAAAACUUUACUAAAGAACAACAUAAUGUUGAAUUCUAUGCCAAUCACCAGCCAAUGGAAACUCCAAAGUGUGUCCAUGAGAAAAACACAGCUUUCACUGUUGAAAUCAUCCCUAAGCUUCUUCCUGACAUUCGGAAAGAAAAUGCCGUGGUCACCAUUCCAUCUGCAUGCGAUCUUGUCAAGAGAAUAGCACUUGGACAAGCACUUGGACAUCUGAUUCCAAAAGACUCAAAGCGGCACAUCAUAAGGGAAAAACUACCAAAUGGAUUUCCAGACCUUAACAAUUGCCAGUAUUUUGCUGUGGAUAAAGCUCUAAAUAAUGUCUUCACACUGAUUCAGGGACCACCUGGAACUGGCAAGUCAAUAGUGGGUGUGUACUUAUUGUACUGUUUUUGGAAGCUGAACAUUCUCAACCCAAGGAAAUGUGACGAUGAGAACAAGAAACAAGUUAUUCUCUACUGUGGUCCAUCCAACAAGUCUGUUGAUGUUGUUGCAGAGUACCUGAUGAAGUAUGAGAACAGCUUUAAGUACCUCAGUGAGGAUAAAAAAGAGUACCAAAUGAAGUCCCUCAGAGUGUACAGCCAACAAAUGGAGAUGCUUGAUUACCCCUAUCCAGAAGGUAACCUUCAGUUUUCUCAAAGGACACGACGCCAAGGAAAGUCAAAUCCAAAGAUCAGGAGCAUCGUUCUGCAUUACCGCAUGCGAAAAGAACAAAAUCCUUAUUCAAGUCAAAUAAAAAGUUUUGACCAGCGAAUAUUCCAUAAGGAAGAUCUGACAGCUCAGGAGGUGAAAGAAUACAAAAAACUUCUCAGAGAUGCCCGCGCAUAUGAGCUUGAAAGGCAUGACAUCAUAUUGUGCACAUGCACACAGUCUUCUGCCCCAAGCUUGACUAAGACUGUCAAUGCACGUCAGAUCCUCAUUGAUGAAUGUGCGAUGGCCACUGAGCCGCAGGCCCUAAUUCCACUAGUCAGCAACAAACCAGAAAAGAUUGUUUUGAUCGGUGACCACAAACAGUUACGCCCAAUUGUGAAGAAUUUUCAUGCAAGAAAGCUGGGGAUGUCCAAGUCCUUGUUUGAACGUUACCACACAAUCCACGAGAAAUGGACGGUGAUGCUGGACAUCCAGUACAGAAUGCACGUGGAUAUAUGCAAGUUCCCAUCAGAAGAAUAUUAUGGGGGCAAACUGAAAACCGGGGUGGAGCAGCCCAGCAGUGUUCUGCGUGUUGAUAAGAAAACAAUGCCGAUUGUUUUUGGGGAUGUCAGAGGAGAGACCGUCAGUCUGUUCGUCGCCACAGGCAAGGGCAAUGAGAGGUCGAAAGCAAACCUGGAAGAGAGAGAGAAAGUGAUUAGCAUUGCAGAGAAGCUGGUGGGGGAGGCCAAAAUCCAGCCGCGAAGUAUUGCAAUUCUGUCACCCUACAAUGCACAAGUAUCAGAAAUAAAAGAUGAGCUGAGCAACAAGGAGCACAUGGAGGGAAUUACUGUUACAACAUUCACAAAGAGCCAGGGAAGUGAAUGGCGUUACGUCAUCCUAUCAACAGUGUGCUCUCUGUCCAGUGAAGAGAUAGAGAGCAGACCACGUGACGACAGAACUUGGCUGUCCAAACAUGUGGGCUUUGUGGGUGAUGCCAACCAGAUAAAUGUGGGCAUCACCAGGGCCAAGGAAGGACUGUGUAUCAUUGGGAACCUGGAGAUGCUGAUGUGCAAUAAAGCUUGGAAAAACCUCCUGGAACACUACAGAUUUCACAGUGCAGUGACAGACGCAGAUAACAUUUCAGUUCGUUGUGCUAAAUAGCUGACUUGAUUUCUAAAAGCAGCACGUCCGUGCCCAGAGGUGACCUAACCUGAAAGCAACAUGACAAUUUAUGUAUUUGUUUAUCUUUUCAGAUUUUUUUAAUAUCAUAAAAUGUUUGCAGUUUCUUUUUAUGUUUUAUAUCUUUGCCUUUUGGAUUUUUUUUUUACAUUGUACUUGCAUAUUAUUGUAUUUACAUACACCAUUUGUUCUCUUUGACAAAUUUUUUAAAAUGUCCACAAUUGUAUAAUAUUUUGUUGAAUCGUUUUAAGUUUUAGGUUCAAAUAAUCUGAUUUUGUUCAUUUGUAUUUUUCACAUUUGUUCCUACAAUUUAAAAAAGUUCCUUUUACAUCACAUGUUUUCAAUCCACAGCUUUAAUCUUAGCUGAAGACAGUCAAUGAAAGCCUUUAAAAUGUAUGUUUAGGUGUUGAUAUUGCAUUACCACUGUAUGAAAUUUGCCAACAGUGGAGAAUUGUUUGUGUGUUUUUUGACAAAGGAGAGGGGGUGAGGCUGCUGUACUGCUCACCCAAAGAUCCACACAGUGAGACACAUUGACCACAGCAGUCAUUUGCCAUGACAAGAGAACCCCACACACUUUUUUGUAUGCAUGAGAUUUUCAUAAUAGAAUUCUGUAAAAAAAAAUAUAUUUACAAAUAUUUUUUCAUGAUGCCUUAUACAAGUUGAUUGGAUAUUAAAUUCAUUGUUUUAAUAAAAAAUGAACAUAUGUUCUGACCUGUCA